AUGGACUCGACAGACGAAUUCAGCCCCUAUCGUGAGGAUGGAAAGCUUUACGGCUUCGUCUGCGUAGUAACCGGCGCCUCCCACCCCAUAGGACAAGCCAUCAUCCAAGAGUUAGCCGCAUGCGACCACCCCCCCUCCUCUAACACCACCACAACCGCCCAAUCCACCUCCCUCCCCUCCCCCUCCCCCUCCCACCACCUCACAAAAAUAAUCCCUUACCCCACCUCCCCCCCCUCCCCAGCAGUAGAACACGAAACCCUCGCCCUAAUCGACGAGAUCCUCGCCUCCUUCGGCCGCCUAGACAUCUGGAUCUGCUCCCCCAUCCCCCUCCCCUCCUCCCCCCCGCCCUCAAUCUUUUCCACCACAACCCCCAUUUUACACUCCCUCUUCGAAACCCACGCCCUCGGCCCAUUCUUCGCGUUGAAGCACGCCCCCGCAGCAAUGGGCAAGUUAUCACCCCAAAAGGGGGGCUACCCAAACGCUGUGAGGAAAACGCAAAAAUACGGGAGUAUCAUCACUGUUAUUGGUGGUGAAGGGGAAAAGGGAGGCGGGGUGGGGUACGAGAUGGUACGGGGUGCGGUUUUGGGGGUUGUGAAAGGGGGGGUUGGGGUGCUGAAGGGGACGGGGGUGAGGGGGAACGCGGUUUGCGUUGGUUUUGUCGGGGAAGGGGGGGAGGAGAGGGAUGAUGUGCCGCUUGGGAGGGCUGCGAAACCUAGGGAGAUCGCGAGGGUGGUUGGGUUUCUCGCGAGUGGGUUUUCGAGUUAUGUCACGGGGGCGAGUUUGGUUGUUGAUGGGGGGGUUAGUGCUAUGGGUCCGAAUAUUGUUCCCAUUUAAGGUCUGGGCGGUUUACUGGCGAAAGAGAUGCUGGAGCAAGGGAACCUAUUCAUUACCUAGCUUUUGGGGGAUAGAUCAAGAGAAUCUAUGUUUGGGAUCAGGAUGAAGAGCAAUAACCUUGGAGGUGUGUCGGGCAACACAAAUAUACUGGUUUUGUUGAUCGUUCUUGUUUGUUAUCA